ACUUAUCCAGAAAAUCUCCUUUACUCGAGCAGAAGUGCAGAACCCUACUGCCGCGGUGCCGCCGGAUGCCAAGCUUCGGCUUCACCAGACUCUUCGUCUUCCCCCAAUCCCCACGCCCCUCCCUAGAACCCCCGGGAUCUCCAAGAUCUCCUUGGGAUCCAAGCAAUUCGAUCGGAACAGCACCCGCAGCCGCCCUUAAAGCUUGCCUAUUUCCACCGAAAUUUCAUCCGAAUUGGAGCGAACCUGGCCCCAGUCUCUUCGUCAUGGGUGGCUGGAACCGCAUCUCCAGUGCCGGUUUCCUGAAGCCGCUCUCCGGCGUCUCUUUCGCCUUUAUGCCCGGCGUCGGUGCGGUUUACUUCAUCGUCGGCUCCGCGCUCGGAUUCUUCGCGAUGCUACACGCCUCCGAGUCCGAGGUCGGCGGCGAGUGGGCCUCCGCCGCGCACUGGGUCUCCCUUUCUCGCUCCGUGAGCGCCCAUCAACUGUUUCUUGCCAUGACCCUUCUGUUCUUGGCAAUCGCUGUUUGGCGCCUCGGCAAGCGCUGCGAUGCCGUGGAGAAGAUCGUCGGAAGCUCGGGCGCCACGGUGAAAGCAUUGCGCGUCAGAGGCGUCGUCUGCACCGUGUGCGGGACGAAGACACGGGGUAUGCAAAAUGGCAGCCUGGGCCCCACCGCGGAGGGCGCCCGCUCUAGCGGCUGCUCCGAUAAGCUGGUUGCGAGGUCGCUGGCUUCGGAACUAGAGCAGGAGGCCGACACGGAGGACGAGGGCAAUGCUAGCGAGGUGAAGGGCGCGGAAGAGGGCACCAUGGAGUGGCUGAGGCGGCGGCUUGCAUGGGAGAGGAGGCUGAAGGAGGCAGCGCUAGAGGAGCUGGAGAAGGAGAGGCGUGCGUCGGCUUCUGCAGCCGAUGAGGCGAUGGCCAAGAUUGCGUGCCUGCGGAAUGAGAAGGCGCUGGUGGAGCGUGAGGCGCGUCAGUUCAGGGAGAUGGCUCAGCAGAAGCAGCUGUAUGACCGGCAGGUGAUAGAGUCUCUUCAGUGGAUGAUCAAUAAGUUUGGCAUGCAAUGUGGGGAGCAAGAGUUGACAUUUGAUUGAGCCCUGUCAGAGACAAGCGAGGAUGACCGAGACAAGCGGUUGUAGAUCCUGCUUCCCUGGUAGCUGAAUGGAACAGUAACGUCAGCCUGAAGCUGGGAAUGUUCUUGGCCGUUCAGGUUCCUCAUUUUAUGAUCGGCGGUCAGCAGCCAUAUAGGGCCUCCCAGUGCUCAAAUUUUGAUAGCUGGUGCUGUUGUGAACUUGUGAUAAUCCUUAAGCAGGCAAAAUCUGCAGAAGAGAUAUGUAAUAGCCACCUGUAUAUAUACUAUCCUUUGCAAACUCUUAAGAUGUGAUUAACAAUGCUGAUGGCAUUGGUAGCAAUAUAUGGAGAUGAUCUGGCUGAAUUUGGAAACAAAGGUGGCUCAACUAUUCCCAAGUUUCUUGUUCUGGCCAUCAGUGCUGUUGAAUUGCUUUGGGAUGGUGAAUUUUAGUUUUGGUAGUUUGCAUAUUUUUUCUUUAAAUGUCUGCCUUCUUUGAUAUUGAUAUGGUUACUUCCACGGUCGGACAGGCCUGCCCAAGCAAAAAUAAAUGAACCUCUUUUACAGGCAUGGUUAAAUGGAUGUGUCAUGACACCAUUUGGGCAGAGCGAGCGACUGGGGCAGGUUGUGGUACCGUAUAACAGUGGGUUUACUGGAUAUUUAAUUCUUCUUUGUCAUAUCUCUGGUCCAGAUAUUAUAUCGCAUAAAGGAGAUACCUGUGCUUCUCAAGAAGUCUCUCUUUGGAUUCUAUAAUACCUCCAAUGAUAAGUUAGAGUUAGAAGUGCUAUCAAUCUUUUCUUGAGGACCUCAAUAUGUGCAUGAUAUGCCUUAACCAGACCAAAGGUACCUUUUUUUGCUUGUUUCCUUUUGUUGAGGGUGUUUUCUGAAGUAUUGUGCCGCCAGCCAUAUGGCUUGUUUUCUUCCUUCGUAUUUGUAAUUUGUACGCGUUUGUAACCUAUGUUUGUACUGUUUUCCGACUCGUAUAAAUACAAGUAGUGUAUGCCUACCGGCGUACACAUUAAAAAAAAUACUGCCUAGUCACACCGAAAGAUUAUUUGCUAUUUAUAAGGAAUCAUCUUGAGUCUCGUUUGGAAGAACACAACUUAGUCUAUGCCACAUUCUUGUUUAACUGUGCCAUAGUGGUAGCCUACACCUGGCUGAACUUUCAUGGUACAUUGUAGAUAUUAACAACCAUUUGUCCCAAUGUACUGAACUGUUUGCCAUCUGCUGUCUCCAAAUUUCUGUUUGAGGCGUCAGGCGGGAUGACUGCGACGGACAUGGUGGAGGAAAUGUUGAGCAUAGAAAUGGUGUACAACGAUGCUUGAUUUUUUCCAUAAUGCCAAAUGGCCAUCAGCAAAUCUGGCCUUUUUGGCAGGUGCAAUAAAAUGGAGUGCGGCAACUGUGGUUAGUCGCUCUGGCACUCUGCUUCCGAUGUGGCAAGGCCAUCAGUGACUAUGCACAUUUCAGGUAGGAGUGAAACAAUUUGUAGACCACUAGUUUGUCUAGGUUCAGCAUAACACUAUCCUUUCAGUUAGGCCAUUCAUCUAUGUUAUUUUCUUUCUUGGAAACAAGGGAAGCAUCCUGGAUCUAUCAUUGUGCAUGUAUGAUUAGCCACUUCUAAAGACGGAUGGUUUCCUAAUUUCUCCGAUUUUUCAGCCUGGCACCGCAUUUACCGUGGCGCCACGUAAUGCUCUCGCAAUUAAUGUUCUCAUAUCCCUGUAUGUGCACCACUUGGGGAAGAGAUAUUUUUCUGCUCGCCUUCCCUCUCUUUCACAAUCUCCUGAUUUUCUGUCCACCACCUGUUCCCUCUCUCUCCCCACCUCUCGAUUCCCUCCAAAUGCCGCUCCACUGGACUGAUCUUUGAGCGUUUCUAGCAGCUUAGCUCCAGUAUAUACCGUCGACCACUUGUUUGCUGAAAUGGUUUUAUAGGAAUGGGACUCCUUUGGUCGAUCAUGCACUUACACCAAGAUUUGUCAUGUUGGAUACUGCAGGUAGAUAUUGAUUUUCUUACUGUAGACAUAAGGAUUUUGGAUAGUGAUCUUAUAUACGACUCUGGGCAGAGCUUCAUCCUGCUGUGGAAUUGUGACAGAUAGGUAUCGUAUGUCUCAAUCUUCUCUAACAGAUGAGUCAUCUGGGUAUUUAUACUUACUUUCAGAAAUGUAAGCCAGCUUUAUAGUCUUCAGCUCAUUUCAGAUACCGCAGAUCAUGGAUUAAUAGUGUCGUAUUACACUUACGAAUUAUAAUCUAGUUUCGAGGCUGCAGCGCCAGCAUAUUUACUUGCUAUACUAUCUACUAUUGGUUUACUGUAUGCCUUUUAGUUUCUAGUGUUGGUGUUGGUUGUUAAUUCCUUUUCCAGUAAGUUCAAAUUAUGUCAACGUAGAGGUAGACGGAGAAACCCAUUUCAUUUUUUAUUACGGGAAAACUGUAGGGGAGGUCCCAAUAGUAAUAUUUUAUUAGAAGAGGAAAUAAUUACAAGAUAGCUGUACAUAGGGGGGAAAUUUAAAACAGAAGGAAGGGAUGGAGGAAUCCAGCCCGGCAACUACAAUUGGCAAGGUCUGACUUGAGCCUAAAAGAAAGCAAAUAAGUAUCUCUUUUCAAGAGUACUCGCCAAGAACCUAAACUAGGACUGAUUCUAUCAAAGAUUUUGCUAUUGUGCUGCUUCCAGAUGUGCCAAGCUGCCAUGAUAAAAGCCUCUCUGAAGAAAGGUUUGCUGAAGCUAGACUUGACUUAAGUCAAGAGGGCGUUGUGAUCAUGGAGUGAAGUAAAAUCGAUGCCAAUGGAGUUCCAAGACGGUUUGCUGAAAGGCACUGCGGAAAUAAAUGAUCACGGUCUUCUGGACUCUGGAGCCUAGAGACUUCAGAGAACACAAAGUUGAUAGUCACCAGUGAAGAGGUUUUGUCUUUGCAGGCCUUGAGCUUAUUGGAGCAUUUUAUUUCCAGAUCCAGUUCAAAGAGAACUGCGAUUGAAUAUGUUGAAAGGUGGAAGGGGCCUUUUGUCAGGGAGUCGGUCAUGUCAUGAGCGACGAAUACGUGAUGUGACCUACUCGGACGGGUUAGUUGUCUCAGAUGGGGUAUGGACAUACAAAACAGUUCAAUGUUGAGCUGCUCAACAGUGGAUUCCACAUGAGCAGAGUGCUCUCUUCGAAUGGUACUCAGCUUUUAAUUUGUUGGACAUCUAUGUGCAUGAAUCGACGACAUCUUAUUAUGUCCAAAGACAAUUCACAAAAUUUGUUAGAUUGCAAUCAUUUGCUGCAGCUUCCAAAAGUUUUUGCUGUGAAAACUUAAGAGCUAGAUACUUGCUUAGUCGUGCGUGUAUCUUAUUUACAAGUAGAUUCCUAUAGCAGUCUUUGCAUUAGUGUUGUGUAACACAUCCUGUUUCAGGAUUUAUCUUGAAUUCUUGAUGCACACUGUAAUCAAUUAUAGCAUGUGAUAUUUUAUUUCCUUUUUUCUAA